AUGGAAUUCUCUUCAUAUCAAGGUGCUCAAAAGUUUAUUAAUACAGACACUCUCACUGCUACUUCGACUGAGACGUUUUGGUCGCUUUUGAUUUACGCUAAAUCUUUCUACGCGGAAAGAACUGUGAGCACGUACACACUUCAACACGAUCCUCAUGUCUUCAUAUUUGGUAACCGGAGCCUCCAGGGGGCUUGGAGUAAGUCCAUUGCAUUCAACGUCGCCAAAUGGAAUGCUGAUUUGGCCAAGUUUGAAUUUCUUCGGCAACUGUCUGCCGAUGCAAACAACAUCGUCAUUGGGGUUGUCCGAAAUGCCGAGGCUACUAAGCAGAAGGUGGACGCCGAGCUGCAGCGGAAGAACAUCCACGUCCUACAAGCUGACCUUGAUGACUUCGAUGCGAUAAAGACAGCCGUGAAUGCUGCAUCGGAAAUCACGGGUGGAAGCAUCGACUAUGUCAUUGCAAAUGCGGCUUUCAUCUCAACCUGGUCAUCUUACGAUGGCAUUAGCGUUCUGGGAGAGAAACCGAAGCGGCUAGAACAGGACUUAUUCGACUCGUUCCGUACGAACGUCGUCGGCAAUGUUCAUCUCUUCAAUCUCGCCCUACCACUCAUCCAGAGAGGUCUUGCAAAGAAGGUGGUCACAGUCUCAUCCGGUAUGGCUGACUUGGACUUCAUAUCCAAGUCCGGCAUCGAGGUCGGAGCCCCUUACUCGAUCAGCAAAGCAGCACUGAAUACAGCUGUGGCCAAAUUCAGUGCGGAACACUCCCAUCAAGGCAUUCUAUUCUUCAGCAUUUCGCCCGGAGUGAUCGACACGGGGCUGUAUGACAACGCUACAGAGGAAGAAAAGCAGAAGGGAAUGGCCAUGCUUGGCAAGAUGGCGAAGUACGCACCACAUUUCGCCGGCCCGACUACCACAGAGUCUUCGGUGAAGGACAUGCUGUCAGUCAUAUACAAAGCCAGCAUUGAGACUGGAUUUGGAGGGUCAAACGACACGGAUGACUGCUUUGCCCGACUACUCCUAGGCGCCCUCUCACUCACGGUCGAGUUCGUCUUGUCUGAAAAAGCUCAAGACAGCUCAUGUGGUACCAUUGCCCUCACGAGGCACCUUUUGAACUCAGCAAAUGGCUCAAGCAUGAGCCACUCGGGUAUUUACAUUGAGGCCAAUGUGGAUGAGUUAUUGGAAACGAUCCUAUGCUCGUCUCUGAGUGCCAGCUUCUUCAACUACCAAAUAUACGUCACCGGUGAGAACGUGUCGAUGGCGACAUCUGCAAGCGACAAUCGCGACUUGAACAAACAAGUCUCCACAUCAACUGAACUCGAGCAAUGGACUACAGCCAGCGACGGAUUUUCCGAGACCCCAUCACCAUGCGCUCCGCUUAGCCCUCAAAGGCCGGGCCUAUCUAAGCAACGAUUCCAGGAUGAAGAUGUUUGCGAGGCCCAACAAGACAGCCAAACACGCAGAUCCGUCCUUUUCCUAUGGAUUUGGGAGAUUCUAUCUCUCGUUCUUGCCACAUGUCUCUUAGCCGUGACAAUCACGGUUAUCCUCGGCCAAGAUGAUCACCUCCUGAGAGACUGGCCCUUGGAUCGGAUCAUAACUCUGAAUUCUCUUGUCAAUUUACUCUCCACCAUAUUUCGCGGGAUCUUGGUAUCUAUUGCAACCGAGCUCAUCGCACAGGCGAAGUGGACGUGGUUCUGGUGCGACAAAUCUUCUCAACGCCGGAUGGGAAACCUGCAGCAUUUCGAUGAUGGUACUCGUGGCGUCUGGGGGGCGCUGAAGUUGAUGAGAAUUGUCACUUGGCGCAGCCCAUCGAUUCUCGUCGCUGUGGUUGUCCUCGUAUCGUCCUUUGCGAUUGGGCCCUUCGUUCAGCAAUCUAUCGGGCACGUCGACAAGAACGAAACUCUUGGCCUCGGCACUGGAAUGAUCCCGGUGACGCGACAUGUUGACGGCCUGAACAUCAGAACACUUAUCGGUGACAACGAAGGCAUGGCUUUGAGGUCAGACAUCAAGGGUGCAAUUCAGACUCUCGCCUUGAGCCGCAACGGUUCUGGUUCGGUUGUUGUGCCGACCUGUCCAACAGGAAACUGCACUUUCAUCGGUCUUGGCUCAAACACCUCCGUCAAAGCUGGAUUGAACGUUACUCAUGCUUCCGCCGGCAUUUGCAAUAUCUGCACUGAUAUUGGAGAAAUGAUCGAUCAUCGGGGCUUGAUCGACAAUCUUCAGGCCAUUAAUCACAGCUUGGCAAACGGAAUUUCAAUCAUCAACACGAACAGAGAAGGAGGGAUGAGGGUUAUAUCAGGCGAUCUAUCGUGGACCAAUGGUACCAUACCGCUAGAGGCGCUCGAACGGGCUUCGGUCUCAUUUGCGAAUGUCACUGUCUUGACAAGCACGGCUCUUGACGGCAACAUCAACGUAAACAAACCCAAACACGCCAUAGCCAUCACUUGCUCGCUUUACCCUUGUAUUCGGACAUACUCGGCAAUUAUUAGUCGAGGAGUCCUAUCCGAGACUCCCAUUACGGAGACCGCAAUGAGUUACGAUAUUCGCGAUAAGAAGUCUACAGGGCCCAAACAAGCUUGGGAUCUAUCUACAGUUCAGCUGCCUUGCCUCAUUGAAGGGAAGGUAUAUACCGAAGGAAACCUCUCACAAGGCGCAGACCCCUCCAUGGUACGACACGUAAACGCGGGGAGAACUUCAGAGAUUGGCUCUACGUUUCAGGCUCCCGAAGAGUGUAUCUACCGCAUUGACAACAAUUUCAAGCUUCUGAUGUCACAGUUUUUCUCAGAAGAAUUCUUCAAUGGCACUUGCAGUUGGGUCUCCACACAGCCCAACUCGAUCAACUGUGGGAGUGCCAUCUGGCUUUCAAGGCUCUGGUCCCAUGGAGAAUCAACACCUGCCAGCCUAAAGCAACUCUUCACGGACUUUGCGACUGCCUUGACCAACCAAAUGAGAUUAGGUAUGGGAAGAAAAGACAACACCACAUCGGUAGUCAACGGCGAAUCACUUCAACUCGUCACUUUUAUAGCCGUCAAACCAUAUUGGCUCAUCUUCCCUGCGAUACUACUCAUCAUAGAAAUAAUGGCCCUUUCAUGGAUGAUAAGUCUGACAGUUGUCUACCGAGACGAAUUGGCUCGCCUCGAAGAGGCUCUUAACAACAGAGGAGAUGGAGGAACAGGCGGAUCAGAUCAGAGCCAACUUCUCGCGGAAUAUUUGGAAGAAGUGAUAUUCUCGACAUUCACUACUAUGCUUCUUCGACGCGAACCUAAAGUCAAUGAGCAAUUGAUAACGAUGACGAGCAAUAUGGAGCAUAACAAUAUAAUUUGA